AAAAGAGGGCAGGCGCGUGCUGACGAGUUGACACACAGCUGUUUAGCUGGCACGCCCCACUGACCUGAUGUAAAAUCCAGUGAGACGGACUGCUGAGUUUAACCGAACUGGUUGACGAGGCCGAACUGCACCAUACUGAGUUUAAGCUGAGCACAGAGAGCCAUUAAAGAGCGACUGGCAAGGACGAAGAGUGACGAAGUAAAACUUACUGAGGCAGCCGACGGAGGUUAACCUGAUACUGGACGCAGUCUCCGAUUCCCAGUGGACCCUGAGUGCUCUGUCUGUCCCCUGAGAUGGAUGAAAUAAAUCCGCUAGAAAGGGAACACUCGCUGUGCGUCGUUCUCCCAGCGGGGAUUGAAAAGAACAUUACAGUGCAUGGAAGUAAACCAGUGAUGGACUUACUCGUGACACUGUGUGCAAAUUACCAUCUCAAUCCUUCUGAUUACACUGUUGAGUUCCUGUCGCCUAACAAGAACAACAUCAGCUUCAAGCCAAACUCUCCUAUCGGCUUGUUAGAAGCUGAGAAGAUUUUGUUGAAGCCUAAAUGGACUGAAGAAAAAACGAAGAAGCCGUACAUGCCCGAAGCAACCGUACGUCUACUGAUCAACUACAAUAAGUCCCAUAAGACAGUGUUGCGGGUGAAUCCCAGGCUGCCGCUCGAGACGGUGCUGCCGGCAGUGUGCGACAAGUGUGAGUUUAACGUGGAGACGACCGUCUUACUGAGAGACCUGCAGUCCAAAGAGCCGCUGGAUUUGACCAAGACCUUGAACGACCACGGAUUGAGGGAGGUGUUCGCUAAAGACACAGCAGCUCAGGACUCCGCAGACUGCCAAAACAAGACAGCUGGAAGAGCUGGCACACCAACAGAGGUCAUCUCACCAACUCCAUCACAAGACUUGCAAAGGAAGGAAAGGAAACAAAGGAAAAGAGGCUUCUUUAGCUUUUUCAGAAGACGCAAGAAGAAAAACGAAACGAAUGGGUCAGUGAGUGCUCCAACGUCUCCUGGCCUGGGGAAGCAGGUGAGAGUCCGUGGGAAUUCAGAGAGCGUUUUGUCAACCAACACCCUGCCGGCCGACACGCCCAAAAAACGCCCAGCGCCGCUGCCACCUGUUGCCGUGUCCCAGAGCGUCCCUAGCAACCUGAGCACCUGCUGUAUCCAAGGAGCACAGUCAUCUGGAGAAUUUACUUUAAGGAGUACGAAGAGGAGGGCUCCACCGCCUCCCUGUGCAAGCACACAAUAUGAGCGGAGAGAAGAAACUAAUGCGGGAGAGUCCCUGAAGACUCUGGAAGAGCUGAGAGAGACUGAUGAUUCCUUGUCCUCUUCAAGCCCAUCACUGACUCGUCUGCAGGAAGCGCCCGACUCAUAUCGCCCUUCGUUUCGAGGGAGAGACAUGUCUGACGCCCGCUCGGCUCUCGCUAAAGUCCUCACGUCCUCGGUCUCCAAAGGGACGCUGGUGAGGCGUUUGAGAAACUCCGCCGCCUUCCCAAACUUCAACAUGUCGUCCUGCGUGUCUACGACUUCAAAGUGUCUGGAUGAGGGAGACCGUUGUGCAGAGCGUGAGUCUGUUUUCAGAUCUAACCUCCCGACUGAGAGCGAGUGGACGGAGCCAGGACAGAGGACUGGAUGGACUACCUUUAAAGUCAUGCCCCUAAAGAAACCGGCUUUCUCUGAUCACAAGAUGACGCAUGACACUCAGGACUGCUCUGAAUUGCCUUUCAUUGAUUGCAAAGAAACAAACAAGAAACGGAAGGAAGAGGAAGAACCAGAAGUUCCACCAGCGCCAGUGGAUGGUUGUGAUGGCGAAACGGCCAAUGAUAACUCAGAAAAUCAGAGCGAGUUUGGUCUGAGUCCUAAUGCAGACAUGGUUCCAUGUAGUUCAUGCACUGUUGAAGAGGAUGUUUCACAUGAAGAAAUUGAAGAGGAUGUUUCACAUGAAGAAGAUGAGGAAGCUGCCUUCCCUCCCCCUCCUCCACCUGUUGUUUUUACAGAGGACAUGGAAACUGUGGAGAAAGAAGAUUCCCAAGCUAGUCCUUUCUUCAAUGGGCACAUGAAGGCAUUUAGCGUAGCUCACAACAACGCUUCCUCCACUGUAUCUGACCAGACGACUGUGGCGCCGUCCAGAUUUGCCCAGGCAGUAGCCCUGGCUGUGCAGAGGGCCCGCCUGAAGAGCCUGGGCCUCGGCGUGGGCUCAGGCCCUCAAGCCUGCAGCGGUCCAAACGGCACUCUUCCAUCGCCUUCCAGGUCCUCAUAUCAGUAUGGUGCCUGAGCUGCGUCUGUGUCCAGCUGCAUAUGAGGCUCAGCUUUCAGCAUGGACUAAAGACACCGGGUUUAGGGUUUGACCUAAGCUAGACUAGCUCAUAGUUUUCCAUAAGCUAUGCUGUUUUUCUUUUUAGUUUUCAUUUAAUGUUCAUGUGUUUAAACAGAAAUGCUUUGCUCUGGAGAAUGCCAAAUGUACAGGUUCGAGUCGCUGAUGGAUUUAUAUAUAUAUAUAUAUAUAUAUAUAUUUUUUUUUUUUUCUUUUCAGUCAACAUGUGCCAAAGUGGAUAUAAUGCUGAUUUGAGAGCUUUUAGUUGUUUAUUUAAAACAAAGAAGAAGUAACCUGUAUUAAUAGUCCUUUUUUGAAAAAUAUAUUUUUUUUUAGGGUGGUUUGGUUUUCAGCCAGCAGGUGGCAGAAGAGUGUUGCUUGUAAAUUUACAAUCCAAACAGCAUAUCUUUUUUUCUUUUUUUUUUUUUUUAGUAAGAUUUUCAUCUAAUCCAUUCUAGUGGAUUUAUCCCUGAAAAUACGCCACACAAUUUUAUUGCAAUUUUAGUCAAAAAUGAUUUGUUAAUUGUGUUUACCGAGUAGCCAUGAAAGCAACAUCGGUUUCAGGGACACGCCUAGAAUAAAAAAAGUCCAACAAAAA